GCUGAACCAUCGAAACUAACUUGGACAACACUUGUACAUUUUCCUAGAAUGAUCACUCAACCCCUUUUCUUGCUUCAAUGGCUACAGCCGGCAACCGUGGCGGGUGUCAUUAGUGUACUAGCACUUGUGUAUAUAUCGUACUGUUGCUUCCUUCACCCACUUGCCCGUAUUCCUGGGCCAGUGCUUGCGAAGUUCUCACCCUUAUGGAUAAUGGGCUCUCUCUACCGGGGAAGUUACAACUCAGAUCUACAGAAAUUACACGCCAGAUACGGAACGGUUGUGCGUAUAGCGCCAAAUGAGCUCUCAUUUUCCACCCUCGAAGCCCAGAAUCAGAUCUACUCAAAGCAGGAAGAAGGCGGCUUUUCGAAAAAAGCUACCUUCAUAGACUUCCUCACUGGCCUUCUGUUUGCGGAUCCCUCGCCCACACUGCUCACAGUUUCCGAUCUUGAUAUGCAUAAGAAGCUCCGUCGGACCGUGGAACAAGCCUUCACCCCUAGUAGUCUCGCUGAGCAAGAACAAAUCCAGAAGUCACACGUUGACAAAGCCAUCCAUCAGCUUGAAGAACAUGCAGAUCACGGAGACGAAGUCGAUCUUCGAGCCCAGUUGGAGACGAUACUGUGGGGAAUCCUCGCAGAUGUGACGUUCGGUGAGCCCCUGACAAUGGGGAAGAAAUCGACGUGGGAAUUUCUUAAGACCGUGGGAAAGGCGUCUAUGCCCAUGGUAGAAUUCCUCCUUUGGUCAAGCACCUUCCCUGGAGUAGCUCUGGUUUUACACGUUAUCUUCUGGAUUCUGCCUUACCAGAUUACUCCCUUCUCUAAGAUUCUUCCUGCUGACAAGUUCAAAGAGUGCUUAGAACGACAGAAUGCUAACACGCGCAAGACAUUCAUACAGGCCAUGACGGCCACUGAAAAACACGGUUUCUCUCUCGAUAGUGACGCUAUGGUUUUCAAUAUCAUAGUCCUAUUAUUCACUGGCUACCAGUCAUCGAGCAUUGCGGUGGUGGCCCUGUUUUAUAACAUCCUUCGCAAUCCGGGUAUAUACGAUAAAGUGUGUGAAGAAGUCAGGGCGAGUUUCCACAACGAGUCUGACAUCUCAAACGAACGCCUACUGCAGCUGCCCUUGCUCAAUGGCUGCAUUCGCGAGGCGUUGCGUCUCCUGCCCCCGGCCAACGGCAAAACCGCCCAGCGGACCGCCCCGGAGUGCACCAUAGCCGAAACUUACGUUCCGAAGGGCACGAUUGUAUCCGCCGAUAUUUAUAGUAUCCACCGGUCAUCCCGGUACUUUAGGGAGCCUGAUUCGUUCCAGCCCGAGAGGUGGGUAUCCCACGGCAAGGAUACAUUAUUCGAAAGCGACAACCGCCGGGCCUAUCGGCCGUUCUUGAUAGGACCCAGGGCAUGUGUUGGAAAGAACUCAGCCCUGCAGAGUUUGCGUCUUAUUACGGCAAAGUUGCUCUGGAAGCUUGAUUUCGAAAUGGUAAACAAGGACUUUGUCUGGGAGAGAGAUGCUGUCAGCAGCUUGAUCUAUACCGACUAUCCCCUGAUAGUUCGAACGAAGAGGGCUGGCUAGGCGGCGGGCAGCGACGG